AUGAAUUAAUAGGCAGAAAAACUACGCCAUUAUGCACAAGAAAACGUGGUGUUUCUUCUUUAAAAAUUGAUGGAAGAUAUUCUAGCCUAAUAGCCUAAGAAUGUGGUAAGAAUAGAUAAAAAUAUUAGGUUGAUUGGUCAAUAGCAUGGCUAGAUAAAAAAGGAAGGGAUAUAGUAAAAUAAAGAUAGAAAUUAAAUGCAAAGUCAUCAUCCUCUGAUGAGGAAGUAAUUGAAUUACCUAAAAGACCUGCUGCUGCUAGAAAAUAAAGAGCUUCUAUUUCAGCUGAAGCAUAUGGAUAAUACAAUAAAAAAGAGGUGUAUAUUUAUUAAUAAAAUAACAGUCAUUUUAACCUAGAGUGAUUGUAAAGACUCAAUAAUAGAAGGAAAAAAUAGGUAAAAGAUUGGGAUAAUCAUUUAUGUUUGCAUCACUUGAUUAAAAAGAAAAAGACAUUGUUAUUGAUGCAAUGGAAGAACGUAAUUACAAGUAUGCUUUAUUUUACAAUUUUAGUGCAGAGGAUUGGGUCAUUUAAUAAGGAGAUAAUGGUGAUAAUUUAUAUGUUGUUGAUUAAGGAGAGUUAAAUUGUUUUAAGAGAUUUACAAAAGAUGGUGAAAACAAAUUUUUAAAAGUUUAUUAUCCUGGAGAAUCGUUUGGAGAGUUAGCCUUAUUGUAUAAUGCUCCACGAGCUGCCUCAAUUCAAUCUAAAACUAAUUCUAUUUUGUUUGCAUUAGAUAGAUAAACAUUUAAUCAUAUUGUUAAAGAUGCAGCAAUGAAGUAUAUAUUUCGUUAUCGUAUUUCUAGAAAGAGAGAAAAAUAUGUAAAUGUACUUAAAUCUAUUGAUUUACUUUCAAUGAUGGAUCCAUAUGAAAGAUCUCAUGUUGCAGAUGCAAUUAAAAGUGCUUCAUUCUAAUAAGGAGAAUAUAUUAUUAGAGAAGGAGAAUAAGGAGAUAUUUUUUACAUGAUUGAAGAAGGAGAAUUAAUUGCCACUAAAACACUUUAUCAAGGAUAAGAACCAGUCAAAGUCUUUUAAUAUAAGGCAGGUGAUUAUUUUGGAGAAUUAGCCUUACUUAAAGACAUUCCAAGAUAAGCCAAUAUUGUUGCUCAAGUAAAUUUAUUUUAAUUAAGUUUCUUAGACAUAAGUCAAAUUGAUAUAUUUAGAUAGACAUAGUUUUAAAAGAAUGCUUGGACCUCUGGAAGACAUAUUAAAAAGAAACACUGAGAAAUAUGAAAAAUAUGAGUAAUAUUGGAUCAACUAAGGUAAAUGAACAUCUACA